CUUUAGUCUGGGUGCAUAUCACCUUGUUAGCAGGUUGGAUGCUAGCAUACACAAUGCGCCUGAGCUUAACAGCGAUGAAACAUCGAUUUUAAUACAUUCCGUCGUCUGUCAUAUUUCUCGUCUCUACGCAAAAAGGACUAUCAUCCAGACUUUGAUAGACAUGACGACGCGCUCAGAAAGGGAAAAAGCCCAAAAACUGAACGAACACCAUCAGGCCAUUCUGUCUAAACUGCUGAGAGAGGACGGCAACAAAUAUUGUGCUGACUGUGAGGCAAAAGGAGAUUGUGCAAGUGUACCUCAUGUUAUGGCGGGUCCUCGAUGGGCCUCAUGGAAUCUCGGGGUGUUCAUGUGCAUCCGCUGUGCUGGCAUCCACCGCAACCUGGGUGUCCACAUCUCAAGGGUCAAAUCUGUCAAUCUGGACCAGUGGACCUCAGAGCAGAUCCAGAGUAUAGUGGACAUGGGUAACAGUCGGGCCAAGCAGCUGUACGAAGCCCAUCUACCAGAAAACUUCAGUCGGCCACAGACCGACCAGGCUGUGGAGGUAUUCAUACGGGACAAGUAUGAGAGGAAAAAAUACUAUGACAAGGAGGCUCUGCCUACAGCCCUGCAGAAGUCAGCUGAAGAUGCACCUCACUCCAACUCACCGUCCUCCAAAGCUGACAGGAGCAAACAGCAGAAGGAACACGAAAAGAAGAAGGAUGACAAGAAGAAAGAGAAGGACUUAGAAAAAGGUGAUCGACAAAACAUGAAGUCGGAAUCUAGAGCCAGUCCCAAGAAAAGUAAAGAGGCAGCUGUGGACCUUCUGGGCUUGGAUGCUCCAGAUGGUAGCGGAAAAGUCAAUGAUGAACUGGACAUUUUUGGACCAAUGGUCUCCAACCCUCUCCCCUCCUCCAGCAACACACAGCAGGCCCAGUCAGGUUCCAGUACCGUGCCUCAGCCAUCAAAUCCCUCCACCUCCUCCUCCUCCUCCUCCUCCUCCUCCACCUGUACCACCACAAAGGCAGAGGAGAAGAAGCUGUUAUCUAAAGAUUCCAUCCUGUCUCUGUAUGCCAGCAGCUCCGUGGGCAGUCAGCCACAGAGCCAGCAACAGCCUGCUACUGGGCAAGGUAUGUACAUGGGCCAGCCUCAGGUAACACAGCAAAGCUUCAACCCAGCCACCAUGAUGGGAGGAGGGGCCAUGAUGUCAGGCGUGACUCUCCCCAAUGGCAGCUACAUGGGCAUGCAGCAGAAUGUGAUGGCAGCCAAUCAAGGGCAGAACAUACACAGCAUGCAGCAGGGACAGUGGAGCGUGGGCCAGUUAUCCCAGCAGAUGUCGGGCAUGGCCACGAGCGCAGGGGUGCCACCAGCAGGCGUACCCACUACUGGUUGGCCAGCAGCUCCAGCAGCCUCCGGACAGACCCUCAGCACUCAGCUGUGGAAGUGAGGAGCGGAAUGGCGUAAAAAGGAGCGGUGUGGCCAGUGGAACACACAGCCACAACCCUCUGCCACAGCAUCUUCAAGGUUACGAUCAAACACCAAGAUGACAAGAUGACCAAGAUGUUUUGUCUUCAUUGGAUCUCCUUUUGAUUUCACUUUGGUGCUGUGUCAAACGUAGGACGGCAAAACAGACAAAACAGAACGCUGCUGGAUAGAAUAUCUACUAUUGUAAUGUUGUAGUUCUAAAAUAUCGUUAGCAGAAUUAUUAGAUAGUUAUUAGUCAUGGAGUACGUACAGUAGAUAUGGUUCCCUUGUGGUGGUCUUUGUACCAACCCAGUCCUCUCUAUACAGCCAGCAUAGCCUUGUGAGAGGUAAUAGUCUGACUAGUACUGUAUUUGUGUGAAUAUGAUGUGUGAAGCUCCAUCUUUAACAGAGCCAUAGCUGAACGACCAGUGCUUCACGUUUCUCAUCAUUCCCUGCACACAUCAGGAGAACGGAAGAGCAGUGAUGAGCAUGAGUGCGAAGUUGUUCAUACCGUAUCGUGACUGAAGAACAUAUAAGGACAUUUGAAGACAAAAACAUCCUCUCCUCACCAAAUGUGUCGGGAAAAGUGUGCAUCCAAAGUUAGCGCCAUCGUGUGUGAUGUCACGUCAUGUGACUUCAGAGCAGAGGCGGGAGCAAGUCAGUGUUCUGCAAGUCUAAAGUAAAGUCAUACAAGUCCAAGACAAGUCGAGUCAUGUCAUUUGACAAUACAAUGAAUAGAUUUUUUUUGUGUUUUAUUUUUUUUAACAUAAAAUAAGCCCAGUGUGACAAGACUUAGUCACAGAAAAAGACUGCUGACAUAGCAUUCAGGAUUUAGUCAGUGCACGUGCGUUGUUAAACCUGACUGGAUGCUAAUAGAUGCAUUCAAUGAGGCAGAUUCUAUGGGAAAUAUGAUGUCUUGCUGGGAAUUCAUGAUAACGAUCACGUUAGAUCAAUACUUAGAAUGGGGACGCAUUUUAUUCAACACACUCACUGAAAAUCUCAAGUUUUUUUCAAGUCAUCAGACUAAAGUCAGAGUCAAGUCCCGAGUCAUUGAUGUCGAAGUCCAAGACGAGUUGCAAGUGUUUGACGAUGUUGUCAUGUCGAGUCCAAAGUCAUCAAAAUUAUGACUCGAGUCCAAGUCGUGUGACGCAAGUCGACACCGCUGUUUAGGGAUGUACGAUAUUUGUUCAAGCCGAUACUGAUACCAAUAACUUCAUGCUUCUGAAGUCCGAUACCAGUACAUUUUAAUCGAUACAGAGGUGUGAAAAAGUGUUUGCCCCCCUCCUGAUUUCUUAUUUUUAGCAUGUGUGUCACACUUAGAUGUUUCAGAUCAUCAAAUUGAAAUAUUAGUCAGUGACAACUUGCAGGUCGUUUUUGCCCAGUCUCUUCCUUAUGGUGGGGUCAUGGACGCUGACCUUAAACGAUCCCUCACAUUAUUUAUCAACUUUGCUUCAAUAUGUUCUAUACUGUUUCUACGCUGUUCGUUCUUUGAAAGUGAAUGGUAAGUUUGUAAAAAUGACAUUUAUAGUGUAUGGCGGGAGCCACGAUGGAAUGAAUGCUUCAGAAAAGGGGCGUUUCCCAAGCGACGUCGGCGAAGUCUCAGCUCUCAACUAAACAGAUGCUUCUAGAGGUACAGUAGCUCGUCAGCUUCGUUCGGUAUAUUUUUCAUCAAAAUAGUUGCGGAUAAUGGCUCUCACUGUGGUUCGCUAGAGUCCCGACGCUUUCGUAACGGCUUUGUUACCUUUUCCAGACUGGUAGAUCUCAAUUAAUCUCAGUUAUGUUUUAACAGGGGGUCAAUCACUUCUUGCCAUGUAGGCUUGGAUUUUUUUCCUCCCUUAAUUCAAAGUUUCAAGUUUUAUUUUUAAACUUUCAUUUCAAAACUGCAUUUUGUCUUCAGUUGUGUUGUCAUUGACUAAUAUUUCAAUUUUGUUUGAUGAUCCGACCUGUGAGAAAGUGUUAAGUGUGACAAACAUGCAAACCAGCCAUCCAUCUCCACAUGCUUUUGUUCUUACUUUGUAUGGUAGUCAACCUCAAAGGUGGCUUAUAUGAAUAUUCCACAAUGGAUGAGCAAAUGUAUAGCACCACACGGCGAUGUCCCAACGCUGCAAGCACAGAAAUGAUCCAAGAUCAAAGACACGCAAACACCGUAAAACACAUGCAACAGGAAAUGCUACAAAUGAAAUCACAUAAAUGCUGCAAAUGGAAAAAAAAAACACUAUUUUAAAGUGUAUUUAAGGUCAUGUUUUAAAGUGUUUUUAACUUUUUUUUCUGAGCAUAAUUUCCUGGUAGCCUGGCUAACUUCCUGGUAGCCUGGCUAACCUAUGUUUUGUUCCGUGCACUUGCAGCAUUUCUGUGUUUUUUGGCAUUCCCUCCAUUUUUCUUGUGCAUUUGCUUUUGAUCCUGCAGUGUUCAUGUGAUUGCAGCAUUUCAAUGUGUAGCCUUUUUCCAUUGCUUCCGUGUUGUGGUGUUUGUGUGUGUGUGUGUGUGUGUGUGUGUUUUUAGCGUUUCUGUGCUCGGAGCACUCGGGCGUCGGUGUAAAUCUAUUCCCGCUUAGCUUGUGUCAUUGUAGAGUGGUGGUCCCAACGUCAGGUUCAGUGGGAGCUGGGCGAUGUUUUCCUGACAAAUCCGAGAAGAACCCGAGCGAUGCAUCUUACUGCACUUUAAACACGGUAAAGCGUGUACUGAGGUGUAUUGUGCUUCUGUCUGGAACAGAGUGAAAUGCGUGUUUACCUCCAUUAUUCUAUACCGCUCGUCCUCAUUCGGAAUGUGGGUAGGUGGAGUCUAUCCCAGCUGACUUCAGGUGGGAGGCAGGGUGCGCCGUGGACUGGUGGCCGGCCAAUCACAGGACACGUACAUACAAACCACCAUUCACACUCACAUUCACACCUUAAAGCCAAUUUAGAGCCUCCAGUUAGCUCAGCUUGUGUUUUUCCACCGUGGAGACAACCCACACCCAAUUUCAAAUCUGUAGUGCAGUCUUUACCAAGUGUUGUGCUGCCGUCCCGUUUUUUGGAUUGUGGUGUUUUGUUGUGUGCCGUACAAGAGAAGCACAAUGAGUAUGAAGCAAAUAAACCUGGACGACCGAGCGCACGGUGGCGACCUGUAUGACAGUGCUGGAUUGGUCCCAUUAUUGUGGCUUGAGUCUCUGCUGAGAAGAAAAGCACACACAGCGCUGCAUUCACUGGCCACAUGGAUGCAGAGGUUCAUGUCCACUUGUAACAGGGUCCCUCUGCCGGGCAAUAAGUCAUGACACAUUUACACGCAUGAAACGUCCUCCAGGUUUAUUUACAUUUGUCUUUACAGUUUCUGGAGCCGAAUACGAAACAUGUUUCUGUGCAUUCAUCGUUGUUGUCCAAAGACUGUUUCAACUGUAAAAGUGCUGUUUUAUUGGACUUUCAUGUUAUUUGUUUUGUUCCCAGCAUUUACCAGCACAUCAUUCGGAAUAAAAGUUGCUCAGUCCUA